AUGGGCUGCGGAGGCCUCGAGAUCUUGUCAGACCGGAUCGGGGCCGGGCUGUGGGCAGCUGGGUUGCCCCGAGCUCUGCGUGAGCUCCUCUUGGUUAGAGCUCAGGCCAGUUCGGGCUUCUUUUCAGGUGCGCAGGCUGUUUGUCAGGAUGCCGUGGUCACCCAACAGCUUCUGCAAGAGGGGUUUCACAGGGAGCUUUUGCUGCAGGUGGAGCUUGGUGCAACCAGGGAGGACCUAGGAAGAUGCACGGUGGCAGCCAGGACUCGUCUUCCGCCAGGAAUCUACGUGGAUCCCUACGAGCUGGCGUCGCUGCAGCGCCACAACUUCACAAAGGCUCUGGUAAUUCCCGAUGCUGUUGAUGUGGAGGCACCUGAGUACUUGGCCUCAGACCUUGUUGUUCUCCUGUACAUGACCCCCGACCCGCGGUGCUCCGGUUGUUUUACAGCCACUUUGCCUGUGCACGGACGGUACCAUCGGCCAGCAGAAAACAACGGGACAGCGCUGGUUGCUCUGAAGAGUCCAGAAAUACUGAUCUGCUGCUGUGACAAUCACCUGUCGACUGAGUGUUGGAAACCUUCGGAUGUGGAAGCUGCCUGUUUGGGAAGAAGCAGCCACCCCUGUCAGUGGUACAGCGUAAAGCACAAACCUGUAAGUGAGGAAUUGAUCAUGCAGAUUCCAGUGGGGCUCAGACAACACAGAUUCUUGGUGUGUGUCACGACUCUUCUCGCCACGGUCCUCUGUUCCAGCAUGAUCCUUGCAGCUGCCUGCAGAUAUGGACACUCCCCCCUGCAGACUUGCUCAGAACAGAAGUACAGGAGUAUGAAGUGA